GUAACUUCCCCAAGAAGGUCUUGACUCUUGACAUGAGUAUGUGUGUGCGUAUACAUGUGAGACUUGAUUGAUACUCGAAAGUGCAGUGUUACAGAAACAGAGAGGAGUGAGUGGAAAGAAGAAAAGCCGAAGAAGAUGAUGAAGCUCCUCUGCUUGACUCUCUUCACCGUCGUCUGCUUCUCCUUCUCCAUCGUCCCAUCAGUCUGCAGGGUAACAAAUGCGGCAGCGGAUCAGGGGCUCAAACCCUCAUCAUCUCCCUUUGAGGCAGCCCUUGUAACCCUUCAGAAACAGAUCGGUUACACGUUCGAGGACAUCGGCCUCCUCCGCCGCGCAAUGACUCACUCCUCGUUCUCCGAGGAGAACAACAGGGCGCUGAGCAUCCUCGGUUCAAACAUCAUCGACGCGUCGGUCUCUUUCCAGUCGCUCCGUAAGAAUAUCGAGAUGUCCCCAAAAGACCUGACUCGACGCAUCGCAGAGAUCUCCAAGGUGGAGUCAUCGUGCGCGGUCGAUGGGACGCGGUUGGGGCUGCAGAAGAUUAUCAGGGUAUCUUCCAAGACUGACCCCACGAACCCAUCAAUCAUCUGCGGGGCCUUGAGAGCUAUUUUUGGGGCCGCUGCGAUUGAUAAGGGGGAAUGCGACGGUGCUGGGGCUCUGUUCUGGAAAGUUCAUGUUGGUGGUGAUGGUGAAGUUGGUGGAGCAGCUCUUGAUCUGUGAUUUCUAUGCUUUUGCUGAGUUGAUGUUGUGUUUUCUGUAAAUGAUGAUGAUGAUUAUGACAAUAUUAGUGUCUAAAUCCGACUCUGUGAAAGUUUGCUGUUAUAAGCGUGGUUUGGAGAACCUGAAAGUUGCAUUUCAAUUGUCCAAGUUUCUUCGGUUUCGACAAGAUGCCCUGCUGGUGCAAUCUAAUAUGCGUGUUUUGAUC